AUGGUAGGUAUAGUUGGAUACGAUGUGACAUACAUUAGGUAUACUAAUCCAUGGUGGGCAUCCAUUACAUAUAGUUUAUAACAUUUGCAUCCCUCGGACGCGUACAGCCCUUGAAGCAGAAUUUUAAAGAUAGCAAAAUAGACCUCCUUUGUCUGCACUGCACCUCUUUAGAUGCUUGUUCUUGUGGAUGUGGGAGUCGGUCUUGAUAGAACACCAGGUGUUCGAUAAAAUUCCUCUGAAACUUGCUUACGCUUAGCUGAAAGAAAGUUUAUCCAGGAGUGAGUGAGAGCAAUGUUGCCACCAAAGUUGAAGAAGGCCAUCACAGAUAACCCAAAGAAGCUGGCCAACUUGAUUGACCUCGUAAAUCUUCCUUCGACGCUGCGGGAGUUCGUGGGUCAGUCUCAGAUUUCUCAUCUUGGAUGCUUCAUGCGUGUCUGGUCAUACAUCAAGGACAACAAUUUACAGGAUCCAAACAACAAGAAUGUGGUCAAAUGUGAUGAAAAGUUGAAGGGUAUUCUGUUGGGAAAGCCUCAGGUUGAGUUAUGUGAGCUUCCUGCACUGAUCAAGCUCCAUUUCCCCAAAGAGCAGAAGUGAUUUUUCAGUUCAGGUUGAGGUGCAUAUUUCCCCCCAUAGUAAUCUUUUUCCUGAGAAGCAUUUCUACAACUCUAGGUACUUGAUGUUGUAAGAAACUAUAUCAUGAGUAAUUGAAGUCUCAGUCAGCAGUUUUUAUGUUAUGUUCUAUUUUCAAGUCCAACCCCGUUUACUUGCUGUUCAAUAUGAUAUUGUAAGAUCUUCGCGGUAGUUUCAAAAGGUAAUGUGAUUUUGCUUUAAAUCA